CUCAGGAAACUUAUAACCUCGGGAGGCCAGCCCUCUGCUCACUGUGGUCACAAACCUCCAGGAGAGCGGACGCCUGCCACCAGCUCCUGCCACUCAGGGCGCCUCGGUUUGGUGACCGGACCCUCAGAGCUCCCUUCACCCUCAAGCCAACGAAAAGCCAAGAUGUUGGUGUUACUGGCGAGUAUCUUUGUGGUCCACAUUGCCACCGUCAUCAUGUUAUUUGUCUCCACCAUUGCCAACGUCUGGGUGGUGUCAGAUUUGAGAGCGGAAUCAGUAGGUCUUUGGAAAAAUUGUACCAUUGGUGGCUGUGGUGACAACCUUUCCUACGCUGGUGAAGAUGCCCUCAAGGCUGUGCAGGCCUUCAUGAUCCUGUCUAUCAUAUUCUCCGUCAUCUCCCUCGUGGUCUUCGUGUUCCAGCUCUUCACCAUGGAGAAAGGCAACCGCUUCUUCCUCUCCGGGGCCACCUUGCUGGUGUGCUGGCUGUGCGUCAUGGUGGGGGCCUCCAUCUACACUCAUCACUAUGCCAACAGCUCUAAAAACGGUUACGAGAAGAGUCACCAUGGCUAUUCCUUCAUCCUGACCUGGAUCUGCUUCUGCUUCAGCUUCAUCGUCGGCAUCCUUUAUCUGGUCCUGAGAAAGAAAUAAGGCUGAACACAUUUACUGG